AUGGCCGACGACGAUAACUUUGACAUCGACAUCUACGGCGACGAGUCCGGUCCAAACUACCAGGAUGCCACUGCACCGCAAGCGCCCAAGCAACCCAACACCGUUGCGCACGACGAUUCGCUCGAGCCGACCAUGGACACAACAGAGAAACCGAGGGAUGCAGAUGCAGCAGACAAACGCGAUAGCUCGGUCACGGGAACAAAUGGAACCUCACAACAGGAGAAUGGCACACAGCAAAUCUCAAGCACUGGCGCGUCAGCAAACAACCAGGCUUUCCUGAAGCAGGCUCCGCAGCAGCAGGGCGUGAAGCGUAAACAAGGCGAAGACGACGACCGGCCAAUGGAUCCAGGCGCUACUGCGGCACUCAUGAUCAAUGACCUAAACUGGUGGAUCAGCGAGGAGGACAUUCGCGGCUGGGCUAAUCAAGGUGGCUGUGAAGAUGAGCUCAACGAAGUCACCUUCAAUGAGCACAAGGUUAACGGUAAAAGCAAGGGCCAGGUUUACGUACAGUUACAGAGUCCGCAAGCUGCCACCGCCCUUAAGCAUCAAAUAGAAGCCCUUUACAAGGACCAAACCCAUACUAAAAAGCCCACAGCUAUCUUCAACCCGCCCCACGUCAACCCUUUUAAAACUCUCCCGAAAGAUGUGCCCCAGCGUGAUAAGAACCGCGGCGACCGAUCAUCUUCCGGCAACUUUGGAAACCAAGGUGGGCAGGGAGGUAACUUCAACCGCUUCAACAAUCAAAGAGGCAACUUCAAUAAUCGAGGAAACAUGGGCUUCCAAAGGGGUGGCUUUAGUGGCCCAGCAGGAAACAUGGGCGGCAACAUGGGUGGGUUCGGAGGGCCUGGCCCUAUGAACAACUUCGGGGGUGGCCCAAUGGGCGGAAUGAAUAACUUCGGCGGAGGCAACUUCAACCGUGGCGGCAUGAUGGGGGGUGCCAUGCGGGGAGGCAUGAACAAUCGCGGGCGUGGUGGUAUGGGUAUGAACAACAUGGGCGGUAUGAAUAUGCCCAUGGCAAACAACAUGAUGGGCAUGGGUGGUGCAAUGGGCAUGAUGGGUGGUAACAUGGGGGGCAUGAUGGGCGGAGGCAUGGCUCUGCUUCAAGGCGUACUUGCUGAGAACGCACCAUAUGCUCAAUGUGGUGGCACAGGCUACACCGGCGAGACAUCGUGUCCAAGCGGGUACACAUGCCAAGCCCAGAAUGAUUGGUACCAUCAAUGUGUGCCUGGGACAGCAGCCACCAGCUCGUCGAUCGCCGCUUCUUCCGCAAAGACAAGCUCCGUCGCUACUACGAAGACCUCAUCAACUGUGACGACAUUGGUGACCUCACCAACAACGUCGGCGUCCGCAUCUGCAUCCGCUUCUGCCACCUCUGGAGCGGGUGUCAAGUGCACGGGGACAUUCACGCCAGUCUCUGCCUCGGCCUUUGUCAAGAAUAUCAACCCUGGGUGGAACUUGGGAAAUACACUUGAUGCCGUUGAGGACGAGGGAGAUUGGAACAACCCGAAGGUUACCGAGGGCACUUUCGACGAUAUCAAGGCUGCUGGCUUCAAGGGUAUUCGAUUACCCGUGACCUGGGCUUACCACUUUACAUCCGGAUCGCCAAGCUGGGACGUCGAUGCUGCUUGGCUGCAACGCGUUUCUGAUGUCGUCGACAUGAUCACUGCCAGAGAAUUCUAUACGAUUGUGAAUGUGCACCACGAUAGCUGGGUUUGGGCUGAUGUUACUGCGUCUGGUGCGAAUCUUACACAGAUCGAAGAGAAGUUCUACAGGCUUUGGUACCAGAUUGGGACAAAGCUUGCGUGCAAGAGCAGUUUGGUCGCCUUUGAGCCCAUUAAUGAGCCUCCCGGCACUACUGCUGAGCACGGUGCAGAGCUCAACAAACUCAAUGGCAUCUUCCUACAAGCCCUUGCCGACUCUGGCGGGUUCAACACUCAAAGAGUGGUGACCCUGGUCGGAGCUGGAGAGGACUCUGUCAAGACAAGUCAGUGGUUCCAACGGCCAGAUGCGAAAUACAAGAACCCGUGGGCGAUCCAAUACCAUUACUACUCCCCAUACGACUUCAUCUUCUCUGCGUGGGGCAAGACGAUCUGGGGCUCGGAUGCGGACAAGGCCACUCUAGAUGCCGACUUUGCUGCUAUUCGUAACAAUUUUACCGAUGUACCACUCAUAAUCGGCGAAUGGGACGCCAGUUCCGUCCAAACCGAGACCGCCGCGCGUUGGAAAUACUUCGACUUCCUCAUCCGCACGGCCAAUAAAUACAACACCGCAACAGUCCUCUGGGACAACGGCGCAGACCACUUCAACAGAGCAACACACCAAUGGCGAGACCCAACUGCGCUCUCCAUUCUGACCAACGCCGCAGCCGGGAAAACAAAUAGCCUACCAGAGAGCACGACCGACGUCUCCGCAACAUCGCAAUCCUCCUCCGCAUACGCCUACCACAAGGCCGGCGCCGCAGUUACCGACACAGUAUUGCCGUACCUAUUUAAUGGCAACACACUCUCCAGCAUUAAGAACACUAAAACAGGUACUGCCCUCACCAAGGGCACAGACUACUCCAGCAAUUCCUCCGCGAUAGUCCUCACCGCAUCCUUCCUCAAAACGGUAAUCACAUCCAGCACCGCGACCGGCUCCCUCGCAAACCUUACAGUGACCUUUUCUUCUGGCGGCCCUACUAAUAUCGACAUACUGCAAUACGCCACGCCAGUCCUCGGAUCCACCACUCAAGCCCUGCCAGCCACGUCUGUAGACCUUUCAAUUCCGAUCACGUGGAAGGGUCAGAACCGUCCUGCGACUGUGAAAGCCAUCAAGAGCGACGGAGGUAUCUUGAUUGAUGACUGGACGCAGUAUCUAGGCUCCCUGCAGCAAGGUCGCUUGACGUACUCGGGGCAGUGGGAUUGGGACGCAAACAAUGUCAUCCUCAAGUCAGCUGUUUUGGAUGCGGUGAGAAGCGCAGGGAAGACUACUACGUUUACCUGGGAGUUCUACCCACGCGAGCCGACGAAUGUUGCCAACUUCACGCUGACGGUGUAA